AUGACCGGCGUCCCGCUGGUUAUGAGUUAUGCGGCUCCCGGGGCGCGACCGCUGCCUUCACACCUCCGCCCGCGUGUGGUCCGCGCUUUACGGCCGCGGCCGAGACACUGCGCGCGCGCAUACGCUUUAUUCACCAACACACCAACUAGUAUUCAUACAAGCAAUGCUUCGUUAAGAUACGUGACGAGGCAAGCGGAGGGCUCGUUACCCGGAACCUUUGCCCCGGCCAGCUCUCCACGUUCGAUUGAUAACACAGGUCGCUGGCAGCAACGGCAGCGACGCGUGCCCGGAAGCGUCACGGCCGCGUGA